AUGCCAAAACGGAAGAGGGCAUCAGAACUCACCAAUGGAGACUCUGAAAUACCGACGUCCGUUGCGCCGCCUCCCGCUCUACCGCGUCGCCGAUCAAGUACAAGGAAAGCAUUGCAACCUGCUCCUGCUGCGGUCGAUCCCAAUCCCGACACCAAUGCUUUUAUAAAGGACGGACAGAGCGCUCUUCGCGCGUCGCCCGAUGGCGAGGUGGCGCCUAAGCCCAAGAAGACCUCAAAGGGUGCCAAGAAGGCAGUCAAAUCCUCCGCCCCGCUGCUCAAACAAGAAGAGGUUGAAAAUGCUGUCCCAGCAAUUGUCACUGGUGAGAGCCAGGGUCAGGGUCUCCCAGACCCUGAAGCCGAAGGUGACGAAGAGGCAGACGCUGAGGAGCUGAAAGAGGCCUUGGCACGACCACCUCCUGUCAACAGCUCGUACCUACCCUUGCCAUGGAAGGGAAGGCUGGGCUACGCCUGCCUGAACACAUAUCUGCGAACUGCAAAUCCUCCGGUCUUUUCAUCGCGGACGUGUCGCAUAGCGUCAAUUCUCGAACAUCGACACCCCCUGAAGGAUUCAUCCCAAUCAGAACACCCGACCAAGAAUCGGCCGGAUAAGGAACAGCCAGCAGACAUUGCAAGAGGUCAGGCAUACGUCGAAGGACUGGGUCUAGCCAACGCCCGCGACAUCGUCAAAAUGCUUCGGUGGAAUGAACGAUUCGGCAUCAAGUUCCUAAGACUCUCAUCUGAGAUGUUUCCCUUUGCCUCGCAUGAUGUCUACGGUUAUAAGUUGGCGCCCUUCGCCUCCGAGGUACUAGCAGAUGCUGGUCGUGUCGCAGCCGAGCUGGGACACAGACUAACCACCCAUCCCGGGCAAUUCACGCAGCUGGGCUCUCCACGUAAGGAGGUUAUCACCGCCUCCAUACGUGACCUGGAAUUCCACUGUGAACUCCUCGACCUGCUCAAAAUGCCUCCUCAGCAGGAUAGGGACGCCGUUAUGAUUCUGCAUAUGGGUGGAAUUUUCGGUGACAAGGUCGCCACGCUUGAGCGUUUCAGAGAGAACUAUGCCAAGUUGUCCGACCCGAUCAAAAAGCGACUGGUGCUCGAAAACGACGAUGUAUGCUAUAGCGUUCACGACCUGCUGCCCAUUUGUGAAGAGCUCAACAUUCCAUUGGUGCUUGACUUCCACCACCACAACUUGGUCUUCGACGCUGACAAGAUUCGUGAGGGUACGCUAGAUAUCAUGAAUCUCUACGAUCGCAUCCGGGCUACAUGGACUCGCAAAGGCAUUACACAAAAGAUGCAUUACUCGGAGCCUACCCCGUCGGCUAUCACCGCUCGACAGCGCCGGAAGCAUAACCCCCGUGUUGCGACCCUGCCACCAUGUGCACCCGACAUGGACCUGAUGAUCGAAGCCAAGGAUAAAGAGCAGGCAGUAUUUGAGCUCAUGCGUACAUUCAAGCUGCCGGGCUUUAAGACAUUCAGUGACAUACUGCCACAUGUCCGUGGUGAUGAGAAUAAGCCAUGGAAGCCGCCCAAAAAGAAGACGCCCAAAAAGAAGACGCCCAAAAAGAAGGUGGGGGAACAAGUCGAAGAGGAACCCGAACCACAACCCCCACCUUUAAUUCCCGAUGAAGAGGUCGCUAUGGGCGGGCCCGAGGGGCGAGUCUACUGGCCCCCAGGCAUGGAAGAGUGGCUUCGGCCGAAGAAACGCGAGAUCAAACCGAGAGACCCGGCCAAGAUCAAGUCUACGGCUCAGAAAGCGGCGGAAAAAAGAGCGGAGAAAGCUCAAUGGCAGGCUGCGAGAGAGGCCAGUGCUGAGCAAGACAGAGAUGCAUCAGCCUCCGUCAGCGCCUCGGAGCUUGUCAACGGCGCGACUCCCGUCAAGGAUCUGGCAGCCUCGAAAUCGGUAUAUGAUAAGCCAAAAGCCUCGAAGCCUGUGAGGGCGCCAAAGUCAGCUAAGAAGGCGAAACCUGCCCCCACGCCUAGUACAAGUGAGGAUGACGAGGCUGAAAACGGCGAUGACUUGGACAUGCCAGAUCUCACGGAUGACGAACAUGCGGCGCCGAUACAAGCUUCCAGGCCGGGUCGAGUCAGUCGUCGACAAAGUGGUAGAGCCACGAAGCGCGCCGUGAAUUAUGCAGAUGCGGACGAGUAA